UGCUGACGUUCUUCCAGAGGUGAAAAUUAAUGCACAAAAGACUGCACAUUUACCAUUUAAAUCAACAGAUCGCUUGUGUGUGUGUGUGAGAAGUCAAGUGUGAUUAGAAGUCUAGUUUAUAGUUAAGCAAUGGAACAGACAUACGUGAUCGAUCAGUCUUCAUUGUCGGUUCGUGUGUGUGUCCGAGAUGAAGCUGCCUCUGAACCAACAGCCCUUGUUGCUGUUAGGAUUACUCGUGCUUUGGGCUUCCUUCUUGCAGGCAAGCAACAAUGAUACCGAAACUGUUGACAUUAUUUCCAAGCAUGGCCGCUCGAAACGUACGCUAGUGUACACGUUCAACAGUUGCUCUGGGAUCUUAAUUGCUCUAUCCAUUCCACUUCUGAUUACCGGGCGGAACAUUUUCAUGUCGUACAACUUUGAAGCGAACUACAACAUGCCCACGGACAGUACAGACUUUACGCAGGGCAUCCUGAAGAAGGGUGACAACGAGCAGAUACAUGAAGCUGAAGCAAGGAAGGUACGCGAAACUUCACGUAUGAUAGCUUCCGCACCGAAACGUUCUAGCUUAAGCAGGAAAAAGUUCUACCGCACAAUCGAGCUAAACUUGCAACGAUACGGAUUCGCCGGAAAGCGGUGCAUCUUGAGGAUGAUUUGUGAUUUGGCGGAUACACCACUACAUCACGAGAACGGUGUGUUGGGUGAUGUGUUGCAGUUGAUAUUUACUCCAUCCCUAUCGCAGGAUGAGAAUCUACCGAGUGAGUUUACGCGAGCAGAACAAUUAGGACGGGAGGAAAGAAAUUGCAACAAAUAUCGUGCCCACUGUCCGGCAAGCCCAAUCGAUCUGGUAACGAUUGUUUUGGCACAUUAAAUAGAACAGAGAACGAAUGACAUAGGUGCAAUACGAUUGACUGUUUUACAAAUAAAGUUAAGAGUUUUAAUGAAACAUAAUUGAAAAGUUCGAAACAAAUAAAUCCUUUGAAUUUGUUCUCGCAUACUGAGGGUUGGGCCUAUUCUCACUAAUUAUGCACCAUAUGUCUUCCAAAAUAAUCUUCAUGACCGAAUCGUUUAUGUACAAUUUUUAAAUGAUUUGUUUCUAGUUUUUAAAAAUAAAUUCAUAUCACAAUCCAUCAUAAAUUAGAUGACAAAAAAAGCUAUUAAGCUUUGGGUUUGUUCGGUAACAAGCAGCCAGAACUUGGUUAUUCGUAUAAUCAACUUAAGGGUCUUUUUAUAAUUAGCAAUCUUAUUGUAACCAUAAAUUAAUAAUUCAUAUAAACACUAAUCCUGUAGCCGACACACAUUCUUAUUUUCAACGAUUAAGCACUUUAUCACUUUGGUUGUUUACGGAUGUUUAAAAACUUAUCACGCGUCUAAAGAGUUAACGAUAGUGGUAAAAUUAACACCUACUUGGGCGAUGAUAAAUUCCCUGCAACGUCCAUCAUCCUCCAGGUGUUGACGAGAAUUGACCGAGUUUUACGAUCGCAUGAUCUGGGUCAGGGGCCGAUAAGCGCUUCUCAUCGGGGAAUUGGGUUAUUAUUAAACAGUAAAGAAACACAUUACAUUUUUCUCUUCUUGGGUUAACGACCUAUAAGGUCUUGCCGGCCAUUCCUGGCUUACUAGAUUUAUUUUUACUACGUAGCCGGUCUAUGCUACA